AUGGGUGUUUGCAUGGAUGUUGCAGGGUUGGGAUGGAGCGAUGGCAGCUUCGUGUGGCCAUGCAAGCAUGGGGGGAUGAGCUUGACGAAUAUUGGAGCAUGGAUCCCCCCACCUCUUUUGUCCCCCGGCAGCAGGUGCUAUCUUCCUAGGCAAGCCAUUACCCCCAUUUGCUGUUCAUCACCUCAGCAGCAUUGCCUCCUAACCACCUUCAUGGCUGCCAUUCCUCUCUGGCUGCCCGUCCCAUCUGGUUCCCUCUUGGAGAAAAGGUAUGAAUCUCAGAUUAUUCAAGGAAUUGUUCGACGCAUUUCGAAAAUGCUGAACUGUCGUCCUGAACUCUUAUAUCUUCCUGACAACCUGGUAGGAAUCAAUUCCCGAAUACAUGGAAUUGCUGGAAUAGGCAAGACUACCCUCGCCCAAGGAAUAUACAACCAAAUUGCUCAUCAAUUCGAAGAUGCUAGAUUUCUUUCAAAUGUUGCAGAGGUAGAGGAACACCGUGGAUCGCUUGAAUUACAAAGACAACUUCUAGAAGAUAUCCUAUGGCCAAAAAUUGCACGCAUAAGCAACAUUGAUGAAGGCAUUAGCUUGAUAAAGAAGACGCUUUGCUCUAGAAAGGUUCUUAUCAUUCUAGAUGAUGUUAGUGCUUUGACUCAAUUAGAAUUCUUGGCAGGGAGCCAUCACUGGUUUGGUUCAGGUAGUAGAAUUAUCAUAACAACGAGAAAUAAACAUUUACUCGAUGUGCAUGAAGUUGAUGAAUUAUAUGAGGUUGAGAAAUUAAACUCUGAGGAAGCUCUUCAACUGUUUAGUUUGUGGGCGUUCAAGGCAGACCUUCCUCGCGAUGGGUUUUGGGACCUCUCCGGACGUGCAUUAAAUUACUGUGAUGGACUUCCGCUUGCUGUUAAAGUUGUGGGAUCUCUCCUGUAUGGUAGGAGGAAGCUUGAAUGGGAAAAUACACUGCUUAAGCUACAAACAGUAGGGGAAAGGAAUGUCCAAAAAGUGCUUAGAUUAAGUUACGAUAGACUGGAUCACACAGAAAAGGAUCUAUUCCUUGAUAUUGCAUGUUCUUCAGAGGGAAGGACUCAGAUUCUGUUGGAAGAAUACUUGAUAGUUGCAACUUCUCUACAAUUGGAAUGGAAGUUCUCAAAGAUUGUUCUCUCAUCAGGGACAGAGGCAAUCGAAGGAAUAUCCUUUGAUGUGUCGGCAUCAAAAGAAAUACAGAUUACGACUGAAGCUUUUAAAAAUAUGACAAAACUUCGAUUCCUCAGGGUCUAUUGGGAUGGACUUUCAUCAUAUGAUUCUAACACAGUGCACCUUCCCGAAGAAUUCGAAUUUCCUUCCUAUGAAUUAAGAUAUCUUCAUUGGGAUGGAUGGAGUCUGGAAUCGUUGCCGUCAAAUUUUAAUGGUAAGAAACUGGUUGAACUCAGUUUGAAGCAUAGCAGCUUAAACCACCUUUGGAAAGGGAACAAGUGUCUUGAAAAUUUAAAGGUCAUGGAUCUCAGUCACUCUCCAUACCUGGUUGAAUGUCCGGACGUGUCUGGUGCACCAUCUCUGGAGACACUAAAUCUGGAUGGUUGUACAAGCUUGCAUGAGGAUGCUUUACUAUUUUCCCAGAAUCAUUGGAUUGGAAAAAAACUUGAAGUUCUUAACCUCUCAGGGUGCUCAAGACUUGAGAAGUUUCCAGACAUCGAAGCCAAUAUGGAGUCUUUAUUGGAGCUUUAUUUGGAAGGCACUGCUAUCAUUGAACUUCCCUCAUCGGUUGGGUAUCUCCGAGGGCUUGUUUUAUUAAAUAUGAAAAGCUGCAAAAACCUUAAGAUCCUUCCUGGCAGAAUUUGUGAUUUGAAAUCCCUCAAAACUCUCAUCCUUUCUGGCUGUUCAAAACUAGAGAGAAUUCCAGAGAUCACGGAAGUUAUGGAACAUUUAGAAGAGCUUCUUUUAGAUGGAACAUCUAUAAGAGAGCUGCCCUGUUCAAUUCUUCAUCUCAAAGGUCUUGUGUUACUGAAUCUGAGAAAAUGCAAAGACCUCAGGAGUCUUCCAAAUAGAAUUUGUGGUUUGAAAUCUCUUGAAACCCUCAUUGUUUCUGGUUGCUCAAAACUCAACAGAUUGCCAGAGGACCUGGGAAUGUUGCAAUGCUUAAGGAGUCUUCAAGCUGAUGGAACUGCCAUAACAAAACCACCCAUCACACUUGUUCAUUUGACAAACCUUAGAGAGUUAUCAUUUAGGGGAUGCAAAGGAUCAACAUCUAACUUCUGGAUCUCAUCCCUUACAUUCAGGUUACUGCAUAGAGAAAAUUCAGAUGAUAUUGGUUUGCAGUUGCCUUCUUUGUCAGGUCUACGCUUCAUGAAAAAUUUAGAUCUAAGUGACUGCAAUUUAAUGGAAGGAACAAUCGAUAACAAGCUUUGCCACUUGGAGCUUCUGGAAGUAUUAAACCUCAGCAGAAACUAUAUGGUUAGCAUACCUGCAGACAUCAGUAGACUUUCUAAUCUGAAAGUUCUUUUGGUGAGGCAGUGUGAGAAACUUCAAAAAAUUCCGAAGCUUCCACCAAACAUAAAAUUAUUAGAUGCCUGUGAUUGCACAUCCCUGAGGUCUUUAUCGACUCCAUCUUGGAUGAUAAGCCUACAACACCGGUUGGUUUCCACUUGGCUUCGUCCUGUGGAAUUCAUGCUAUGGAAUUGCUCCGGACUAUAUCAGGAUCAUGUGGCAAUGGCAUUAGAGACACUUCAUCAGAAACUUUUUCCAGAAAUAGGGUACAGUAUUUUGAUUCCUGGAAGUAGGAUUCCAAAGGGGCGCUGGCAUGAGAAUAUGGGAGCUUCAGUUUCAGCAACCCUGCGUCCACAUUGGCUUGACAAUAACUUCUUGGGGGUUGCUCUAUGUGCUGUGUUUGCACUUGAGGAGGGCGAAACUAUUCAGCGGCCUGGUGAGAUUCGCUGUAUUUUUGAAUGCGGGGAAGGGCCUUAUUUCAGUCAUUCCAUCACUUGGACACACAGUGGAGACCGAGUUGUUGAGACGGAUCACGUGUGUAUGAUGUAUCAACCUCGCAGUCAAUUUGUGAAAUCAAAGUCUACCUAUGCCAGUGUGUUCAAGCACAUCGAGGCUUCUUUUAGUCUAUCAGGGGCAUCGCAUGAGGUGAAAAAGUGUGCGAUCCGUCUUAUAUAUGCCCCAAAUACAAGUGGUAACAAUAUGGAAAAUUUCCGAAGUGCCACCAGGAAUGGCUCCGUACGCCAAAAUAAUUAA